UUCCUGGAAGCCCCGCCUCCCGCCAGGCCCUGCCUCCUGUGACUCCGCCCACAGACCCCGCCACCACCCCGCCCCGCGGCGCAUUGUGGGAUCAGUCAGCCGGCCGGUGGUGGAGGACAAGGCGUCGGGUCAUCGACAUGCAGCAGAGCCCAGUCCUGCUAGCCUCCCUGGGGGUGGGGCUGCUCACGCUGCUCAGCCUGGCUGUGGGCACCUAUGUGGUUCGAAGGUCCCGCCGGCCCCGGGUCACUCUUCUGGACCCCAAUGAGAAGUAUCUGUUGCGACUGGUGGACAAGACGACUGUGAGCCACAACACCAAGAGGUUCCGCUUUGCCCUGCCCACCGCCCACCACAUCCUGGGGCUGCCUGUGGGCAAACAUGUGUACCUCUCUGCACGAAUCGAUGGCAGCCUGGUCAUCAGGCCGUAUACACCUGUCACCAGUGAUGAAGACCGAGGCUAUGUGGAUCUUGUCAUCAAGAUCUAUUUGAAAGGAGUCCAUCCCAAGUUUCCUGAAGGAGGAAAGAUGUCUCAGUACCUGAACAGCCUGAAGAUUGGGGACGUGGUGGAAUUUCGGGGGCCAAGUGGAUUGCUCACUUACACUGGGAAAGGGAAUUUUCACAUUCAACCUAAUAAGAAAUCUCCACCAGAACCCCGAGUGGCAAAGAAACUGGGAAUGAUCGCUGGAGGGACAGGAAUCACCCCAAUGCUGCAGCUGAUCCGGGCCAUCCUGAAGGACCCUGAGGAUCCAACCCAGUGCUCUCUCCUUUUUGCCAACCAGACAGAAAAGGACAUCAUCUUGCGAGAGGACCUGGAGGAACUGCAGGCCCGGUACCCCAGUCGCUUCAAGCUUUGGUUCACCCUGGAUAAUCCCCCAGAAGAUUGGGCCUACGGCAAGGGCUUUGUGACUGCUGAGAUGAUCCGGGAGCACCUGCCAGCGCCUGGCAAUGAUGUGCUGCUGCUGCUCUGUGGGCCGCCGCCGAUGGUGCAGCUAGCCUGCCACCCCAACCUGGACAAGCUGGGCUACUCACAGAAGAUGCGAUUUACCUACUGAGCAGCUCUUGGCUUUACUGUGAGUGCUCCAGCGCCCUGGGCCCUCUAUGUCUUCCACAAGACUGAUCAGCUUUUUGAAUGUUUCUCCAGAGCUGACAUCCAAAGGGUGCUCCCUGCAGGCACAGCAUUCCUGUAGUAAUGGGCAAGGGCCAGGGUUGAGGGGUUCCCUGGAAUGCCCCACAAAUCUCCCUGUGAUUAAAGACCCAGUUGAGGCCUGCAGAGUCGGAA